AUGGCGGCUGAGACGGUGGGUUCCGGCCAAGCGGUGCUGCUGCCGGUGGAAGCCGCCGGCUAUGCCGAGAGCUUGCAGGAGUUCCCGCUAAGAGAGAUCGGAUGCCCGCGGUGGUUCAGACAACAUGAGUAUAUUGAGAAGCUGAAUAUGCAAGCCAUCAUCAAUGUCACUGCUGAGCAAGAUGAAUUUGUCAAGGAAAACAUUCACUCUCUUGGCAAGGUCCCCACAUUGAUUCAUGAACUCAUUGCUGUGGAAGUUUGGAAGCAGAAGGUGUUUCCUGUGUUGUGUCAGCUCCAGGAUUUCAAUCCAAAGAGCACAUUUCCCAUAUAUAUUGUGAUCCAUCAUGAAGCAACUAUUGUUAACCUCCUAGAAACUAUCUUUUACCACAAGGAUGUGUGCGAGUCUGCAGAGGAAGCAGUGCUGGACCUUGUCGAUUACUGUCAUCGAAAAAUGACCCUACUAGCUGCACAGAGUGAAAAGCAAGAACCUGGUCAAACUCCAUCAACAGCCCUAGCAGAGUUGAAAAAACAGAGUCAAGAGUUGGAAUUUGAUAUCUCGGUGAAGGCUGUUGCUAUUCUUCGCUAUAUAACUGAUCACAUUGACGGCCUGCCGAUCAGUGUUCAGACACGACUGUUGAACACUCACAAUUUGCCUUGUGUGCUGGUUCACCUGGUGGAGCAUUGCCCCUGGAGACGAUAUAAUUCAAAAGGUGAAUUGCAGAAAUAUGCUGAUGGGAAGUGGUACACAGUACCCGUGGAGGAUCAGCUGAAAAUAACCAAGCUGGAUGGACAGGUCUGGAUUGCAUUGUUCAACCUAUUGCUGAGGCCUGAAUGCCAGCAGAGUUAUGAUUUCAACAACUUCAACAAAACACAGUUGCUUAAGCUUCAAGGCUUCCUGACUGAAGUUCUCAUUGACCAGCUACCCAAUCUGGUGGAACUACAACGCUUUCUAGGCCAUCUUGCCGUGGUCAAUCCUCCUCUACCAAAGAAAAAUCUCGUCCUAGAACAGAUCCCUGAUAUUAGGGAUAGAAUCAUCAGAGAGAACUCGAACAAAUGGAAAGCUAUUGCCAAGCACCUAGUGAAGACUGCAUUUAACCCUUCUGAACAGGACUUGCUCGAACAGGCACGUAGAUUGGCAGAGACUUACAAUCUGGAUGUGAUGCAGAAUCUCAUUGCAGACCGUCCAAAAUGUGGAUUUUGUGGAGCAGAAGCAGCAAAGCGGUGCUCACGCUGCCAGGUUGAAUGGUACUGUGCAAGAGAGUGUCAGGUGAAACACUGGCCGAAACACAAGAAAGCCUGUGAUCUGAUGGCUGAUGCUGGAAAAAUAUGACUAUGCUUUGGAAGACAUUCAGUGGAAAUCAUACAAUGAAGAUUUAGUUUUCUGGGAAUUAGGAACUGAAUAGAACUGUGAAGUCUCAUUUAUGGGGUUGCACAUCUAUGGGGAACUCUUACUGCCUCUGAGGCAUCACACAUGGGUGAAGCAAGCCAUUUAAAUCUCCCAUUUGUUCAAAAAUGGUUAGCAGGUAGCAAUUUAUGAGGCAGAAUUACAAUCUCUCGUAUUGAUGUGGAUUGGGGAGAGUGUGUUUAAUGGAUAAAUUGAAUUUAUUUCUUUUGCAAGUUUAUUCCAACUUAAAUAAAAGUAAUACUCUGAAAAAUAUUUAUUUAGUUUUUAAGCAAGUUGCUUUGUGGUUUUUUUGUCAUAAUGUGAGCUUGAUGAACUAUUUUUUAAAUCAAUUAACUGCUUCUCGCCUGCCAGCUUGUACUCCUUCCCCUCCCCCCACCACCUUAUUCUGGCCUCUUCUCCCUUCAUUUCCAGUCCAGACCUGCUGAAGGAUCUCAGCCCAAAACAUUGACUGUUUAUUCCUCUCCACUGAUGCUGUCUGGCCUGCUAGGUUCCUCCAGUAGUUUUUGUGUGUUGCUCUCUAUUUUUCUAAGGUCCUGUUUGACCAGUUACAUAGGAGCAAGAAAACCAUGGUUAAAUUAUCUGUUGUUGAUCGCUCUGUAACAUCAGGAAUAGGGGACUUUGAGCAUCAGGAUGAAGUACAUAUUUGAAGCGAUCCGCCCAAUUUAACUGCUUUCUGUUGCUGGCAUUUCAAAGGACCUCAGAAAAUGAAAGACCGGUUAAUACUUUCUCAGCAUGCAAACAUCAUUUGGUGCUGCCAAUGGGUAAAUGCCUUGAAAACAAGCAGGAAAUGCACUAACAAUUAUUGCUUUAAGACUCCAGAACUGAAUAUGUUCUUAAAUGUCAAGAACUUUCCAGGUGUCAUAAUUUUACUCAUGAAGCAACUUGUAUUACUGCUGUUCCUUGAAUCAGUAAUGGAAGGGGACCUACAUUUCUUCAA